AAAAAAUUAUGUGACCCGGAAGUGAUUUUGUUUUGUUGCUGAGACGAUGACGUGUCUGUUUUGUGCCUGCUGAGGAGAGGACUCUGUGUGAAACCAUUCUGGAACCAUCGUUACCAAAACGCUUCGGUGGUAUUACUGAAUGAGGUUGUAUUCAUGACUGCACUGUCAGACUUGGAGCCUGCUAAAAAGAGACUGCGGGUUGAAUUUGGCCUCCAAGCACCUGUCGGCUCAAGGAGCCCUCUUUCAUUGGCUAUUAAAGCAAGUUCCAAAGAGGCAAGUCUACACGCAAUGGAGGGGCAGCAGCAUAGUGCCAAAGCAACAUCUCUUAGUCAGAAAAACAAUCCCAAGUCCCAACAGAAUAACCCUGAUAAGUGGCUGUUGGAACUUCCCCAAAGCACCACAAGCCCAGCUUAUGACAUGUGUGAAGCUGCUGAACAACAAAUAGAGGAUGUAGAGAUGGUGAGUCCAGACAGCUCCGAGUCUGGCUGCAGUCACAAGAUCCAGUUUAUGGAGACAGAGACCGAGGCCCAGACCCACAGUUCAGACUCUGAGGAACCUGUUGUCUCUAGUAUUAUAGACGUGGAGGAUGAAGAGACAGUGCCCUUAACACCAUGUGACAGCUUAAAGGAUCAUAAACCCGUUUUGCAAAUCACCACAGAUCACAGGCCUGUCUCAGAAGUCUCCACAGAUCACAUUCCCGUCUCGCAAAUCACCACAGAUCACAUGCCGGUCUCUGAAGUUCCCAAGGAUCACAAGCCGGUCUCGGAAGUGCUCAAGGAUCACAAGCCGGUCUCGGAAGUGCCCAAGGAUCACAAGCCGGUCUCGGAAGUGCCCAAGGAUCACAAGCCGGUCUCGGAAGUGCCCAAGGAUCACAAGCGGAUCUCGGAAGUGCCCAAGGAUCACAAGCCGGUCUCGGAAGUGCCCAAGGAUCACAAGCCGGUCUCGGAAGUGCCCACGGAUCACAAGCCGGUCUCGGAAGUGCCCAAGGAUCACAGGCCGGUCUCGGAAGUGCCCAAGGAUCACAAGCCGGUCUCGGAAGUGCCCAAGGAUCACAGGCCUGUCUCAGAAGUCUCCACAGAUCACAUUCCCGUCUCGCAAAUCACCACAGAUCACAAGCCGGUCUCGGAAGUGCCCAAGGAUCACAAGCCGGUCUCGGAAGUGCCCAAGGAUCACAAGCCGGUCUCGGAAGUGCCCAAGGAUCACAAGCCGGUCUCGGAAGUGCCCAAGGAUCACAAGCCGGUCUCGGAAGUGCCCAAGGAUCACAAGCCGGUCUCGGAAGUGCCCAAGGAUCACAAGCCGGUCUCGAAAGUGCCCAAGGAUCACAAGCCGGUCUCGGAAGUGCCCAAGGAUCACAAGCCGGUCUCGGAAGUGCCCAAGGAUCACAAGCCGGUCUCGGAAGUGCCCAAGGAUCACAAGCCGGUCUCGGAAGUGCCCAAGGAUCACAAGCCGGUCUCGGAAAUGCCCACGGAUCACAAGCCGGUCUCGAACGUGCCCACAGAUCCUAAAGGGAACAGUGAUGAGCAAAUGGAGGAGACCGUGAGCCAGAUCAACAGGGAUCUGGACAAGCAGCAGGACACAGAAAGAUCCUCCUCCAAGGGCCAAGGAAAAAUAACAGACUUCUUCGCCCCAUCCACAAGUGCCCAAGCUCCUUCGGAGAAACAACGCAGAGACGGAGAGGACGUCCCACGUGAGAAACAUCGCAGAGACGGAGAGGAUGUCCCACGUGAGAAACAUUGCAGAGACGGAGAGGACGGCCCUCCACCGUCGCCACCGUACGAUUCCAAGUGGCUAGGAAGCCCCAUCAGUGAUCUGAGGAGAAUGCCACAGUGUGGUCGACCACUCCCACCACUGAAGAAUAUUCCUGACCAUCACACUGUCAUGAUCAGGACAGACCUCCUUCAAACAGGCAAAGUUCCUGUUCCCUAUCCCAAUAAGUUCAGAGACACCUGGGACGAGGUCCAUGUGAAAAUGCCCUGUUCAAAGAGCAGCCUGUUCCCUGUAGGAAAUCAGGAACUGCAGGAACGGUGGGAACUCAUCCAGAAAGCUUUAAACAGAGAAUUUUGCAGUUCCCAUGAUGUGAAGAAUGCCAUAUUGAAGUACAAUGUUGCUCAUGCCAAGAGAUGGGACUUCACAGUUCUUCAUUUGUUCUGCAACAAGGAUCUGGAGCCCGACGUCGUUCAUCAUCUGUUUAGGUCUCUGCUGCCUGAAAUGGUCCAAUUAGCACUGAGUGUGUCUGAGCUGUGCAACAAGCCCAUCCCUCUGCUGAAGGAAGGGGUGAACCACUCCAUCACCCUGUCUCAGAUGCAGGUGGCUUCCUACUGACUUUGCCUUCUUCUCACUGACCUUUGUCUUCUGUAACUCCAGGAAGUCAGAAUCUCUUCAACUUGUCCUGACAUCAACUUCUACAGGCUGUUUGAGGGCUCUUCCCCAAAGAAGAGGGAGAAACUUAAAACACUUUUGUGCUAUUUUAGAAGUGUAAUCGAGCAAAAACCUACUGGACUUGUGACGUACACAAGAAAGUGUUUGGAUCGGCCUCCAAAUUGGAAAAACUCCCAGAAUCAGCUCACCAAGCUUCACAUCACAUGUGUAGGAACCAUAGAAGACGACGGACACGGCAUGCUGCAGGUGGACUUUGCCAACCGGUUUGUGGGCGGAGGGGUCACCGGAUCGGGUCUGGUUCAGGAAGAGAUUCGCUUCCUGAUUAACCCUGAACUCAUCGUCUCUCGCCUCUUCACUGAAGCCCUGCUGCAGAAUGAGUGUCUCAUCGUCACAGGUACUGAGCAGUACAGUACCUACACUGGCUAUGCAGACAGCUACCUAUGGGACGGCAAACAUCAGGACAAGACCCCAAGAGACACCUGGCAGAGGAGGUGCACAGAGAUCGUAGCGAUGGACGCCCUGAAGUUCAGGAACUUCCUCGAACAGUUUCACCCUGAGAAAAUGAACAGAGAACUGAAUAAGGCAUACUGUGGCUUUUCCCGCCCAGGGGAGAGGAGUCAGGAUCUCUCUGCGGUUGCUACAGGAAACUGGGGCUGUGGUGUGUUCGGUGGAGACGCUAGGUUUAAAGCUCUGCUCCAGAUUCUGGCAGCCUCUGAGGCAGGCCGAGACGUGGCCUAUUUCACCUUUGGUGACAGCGCCCUGAUGAAAGACGUCUACGACAUGCACUACUUUCUCACACAGAGACAUGUCAGCGUCGGGGCUCUGUACAGUUUGCUGGGUCAGUACUACAGCUCAAUGUGUCAGAGCUGCUUCACCCGCCGUCCUGACAUCAGCCUCUACUCCUUCAUCUACCAGGAGGCCAGCUCUGUCUCCCCCUAGACCAGAAACACACACGCAGGUCGGCUCCCCUAGAAGAUCGGAGACGCCACGUCACACAGGUCGGCUCCGCCUAGAAGACCGUAGAUGCCCCCC